AUGGGUCCGAUUCUUCGGAGCCGCCGUCGCUACGCCGCGCCGGUGCAUCGCGCGCUGGGGGCCGGCGCGAUCGAUCUCGCCAGCGACCCCAGCGAGGUGAUGGACGAGGUGGGUCUCUUCAGCGUGCCCAAGAAGAGUAGGCGGCAGCGGCUCGUCGUGGGCGCGCGGCCCGCCAACUUCUGGUUCGGCGACCCCGCGGACGUGCAUCUGGCCACGGGCGCGGCGCCGGCGGCGAUCGAGCUGCCCGAUGGCGCGAGCUUGUGGGCGGCCUCUGCAGACAUCGCGGACGCCUUCUACAACAUGGAGCUUCCGCACGCUCGGCGGCCUUACUUCGCGCUCCCGCCGAUAGACGCCUUGGCUGGCGGCGCUCACCUCGAGCACGUCGACACCUUCGCUUCGCUCUCGCUGGAUCGCGACACCACCGAGCAGAUGAAGAACGACAUGGUCGCGACGCUGCGCGAGAGCGGGCUCCCCGUUCACGAGGAGGAGAGCGCGGCCUUGCACGCGCAGCUGCUGGGCUGGGUUAUCGAUGGCGAGCGCGGGUCAGUGUCUCCGACCCCGCGCAGGGUGCGACGCCUGAUCCUCGCCGCGCGGGCCCCCCUGGACAUGCCGACGGUCUCGGCGCAGCAGGCGAGGAGGCCGCUGCUGUCCAUCUUCUCUGCCGUGUACCGCUUCAUCGCCAAGGCGGGCGAGGCGCCGCGGCAGUGGUGGCCCAGCGCGCGGCGGGAGCUAGCGCGGGCCACGGGCGUCGCGCCGCUGGCCUUGGCGGACCUGCGCGCCGAGUGGCCAGGGCGAGUCAUGCCCGCGGACGCCUCCGAGUGGGGCCGAGGGGUGCGUGAGCGAGAGUUGGAUGCAAGCAUUGUCCAGAAGCUUGGUCGCUUUCAGGAACGCUGGCGCUUCCGCGGCCUCAACGCGAAGGCCCCUCGGGAGCAGCUCGCGUUGCCCUUGGAGCCCAGCGAGAGCCUCAUCGACGCCGAGUCGCCGUCGAGGCCGAACGACCUCGGUAGCUCGCAGGGCCCCGCGGAGCCCUUCGACAUCGUGAAGAUUCGACAGCGCUACCCCGCAGCCUCGGCCGCCGCCGGCGGCCCCCACUUCGGCGAGGCCGACACGACGGUCGACGACCUGCUGGCACAGUGGAUGGACCAGCAGUAUGCCGAAGGCUGGAACCCCGAGCGGGGCGCGCACGUGCUGGCGGCGCUGAAGUUCAUGAUGCCGCAGUUCGCUCGCGGGAGGCUGAUCGACGUGGGCCAGACGCGCGCGGCGAUCUACGUGCUGGUGACCUUCGCGGGCUACCUGCGCCCGCCCGAGGCUCUCAGGGCGCUGGGGCUACACCUGAUCCCGCCAACGCCUGGCGGAGCCUGCGAGAGCUGUUCGCUGGUCCUUCACCCGCGGGAGUUGGCGAUGCCGAGCAAGACUCAGGUCUGCGACGAGGCGAUCCCCUUCGACGCGCCGUUCUACGGGUUCCUGCCAGCAGCUCUGCGGUGGCUGAAGGCCUCGACGCACACGAGCGCGCCGCUCUUCCCCUUCACCUUGGUGCAGGUCAGCGCCUUCUUCAAGCAGGCGGCGGUCGACGCUGGCCUGGAGGUGCUGACCCCGCAGCUGCGCCAGCUCAGGCACUCGGGCCCGUCCGUCGAGCUGGCCCUCAAGCUGCGGGCCCUGGCCAGCGCGAAGCUGCGAGGGCGCUGGAGGUCCGACGCCUCGGUCGCCAGGUACCUCGAGCCAGGCCGCGUGAACGAGCAGAUGCAGAGGCUGGCGCCGAGGAAGCUGCUGGGCCCUCGCCGCCGGCACUUCCUGGCGCAUCCUGUCAUCGUGGAGGCGUUCCCGGGCGAAGGGAUCUUGGCGGCCGCUCUGCGGCGCGAGGGCGCAUUAGUGAUCGAGUGGGACAUCGCCUGGGAGCCUGACUGGGACCUCGCCGUUCCCGGGGUGGCGAGAGUGCUCCGAGGGCGGCUGGAUGCUGGUCUGAUCUGGGACAUGCACUUUGGCGCCCCGCGCCAGACCUGGACGAGGAUCAGUGGCGCGGGGCCGCUGAGAUCCCCAGGUGAAGCGGGGCCGUGGCCGAGUCGCCUGAGGUCUGACACGGAGAUUUGGGGCCUGGCCGCAGUGGCGCACCCCGUAGACAGGGUUCAGAUUGAUAUGGCCAACAAGCUUGUAGUUGUAGGCAAGGUAGCACGUGCUUCAUCGCGCUUCGGAGUCGUGGAGAAGAUGGCCACGUCGCCAGAGGCAGAGCCGCCCGUAGCCUCCCCCGGCGACGACAGGAUCGAGCAGCUAGGCUUCGAGAUCGACGACGACAGCGGCAAGGCCCACUACGUGAUCGUCUUCCCGUUCGAGGACAACGGCGACAGCCCGCCCGUGAACCCACUAGAUACCUGGAAGGGCAUCUUUGUCGGCGCCGCCUCGUCGUCUCCGCCGGGCAUAACACCCUUUGUCAUGUGGCACAAUGUUCCAGGGGCGAGCUGGACGGCGGACGAGUGGCGCGCGUUCCUGCAGUCAGUGGAUGAGCAGGCAGCGGCGCCAGAGGUGGUGACGGAGGUGGUGACGUUCUUGAUGGCUGUCUCCCCCGCGAUACCCUCGAGCUGUGCGUUGGAAGGGAUCACCGAAUCGGAGCUGAUUGCGGCUGACGGUGCACCGACGGGCAUCGCCUCACGGGGCCUCCUGCGCAGGGCGCUUCGGACGGCGGAGUGCGUCGCCCAGGCGAAGCGCCAGACGGCUGCGGGUGCGAACGCUGCCCCGCAAGCUGCGGCCGGAGCCGCUGGUGGUGCCGCUGGGCCCCCGCCUGGGGGGAGCGCCCUGGCCUUGGCCUCCCAGUGGCAGCCUCCCGCGGCGCCGACUGUGGAUGUGCGGGACCUGUUGACGAAGGCUAAGCUGGAGAAACUCCCGUUCCACAUGCAGCCCGAGCAGGCGGUGUUCGAGUCUCUGAACAAGGACACGAUGGCGGCGCGCGCCCAGGAACGCAAGCCGUUCGCGUACGUGGACCUCACGUCGAAGGAGGUACUUCCUCUGUGGCUGCCCAUCGAGUCGAUCGGCGGCAAGCUAGCGCUCGCUGGGGAGAACGAGUUGCUCAACGCCGAGAGCUCGACGGCCACGUUGUCGCAGCUCCAGAACAUGAUUUGCCACCACGACCUGAUCAUGCAGCUCGCGGAGUCCGAGCGGGCAGCGGGCUCCCCCCCCUUGCUCGCGGUCAUCUACGACGAGAUGGCGAGGAAGGCCUGGUCCAGUCGAGCUGCACGCAAGGACCCGGAGUUUGUCCUCGAUGACCUUGUCCAGGUCCAGGACAAGCCCGUCCUGACAGCCGCGCGCGGCAGGCUGGCGAGCGUGCUUCGGACGGCGGGGAUCCAGGACAGCGACAGCGCGAGGCCAAGGGCGGACGCCGCGACAGAGCGGGAGCCCAUCUUGGCCAAGCAGCAGGCGGCGAUUGACGCCCUGACGAAGCGGGCCAAUGACGCGUCCAAGCAGACGGCGCAGCAGCAGGAGGCUUUUCGCCAGGGGGCUUUUCGGAACUCGGGAGGGCCAGAGUCCGCGGGUCAGCCAGGCCCGAAGCGCCCGGCAGGCGGCGCGAUGCAGACCCCGCGCCAGAUCAAGAAGCAGAAGUUCUUCGAGCGGGUCCAGAACUACAAGCGCGAGCAGCAGCAGGCCCUGCCGCUAGAUGAGCUGGUUGGCGCUAUCCCGAUCUGGAAUCGGGAGGUGCUGAGCCACCUCAAAGACCUACCAUGCUCCCAGGACGUAGGCCCUGACGUUGAUAAGGACGUGGCGCUUGGGGCCAUGCCCCCACCCGUCCGUCUCACCCCAUUCCACGUCGACAAUUUUUUGCUGAUGCGCCGCGCCCCCGUCCGCGAGCAGCGCCCGUCGGGGUGGGAGACGCGGAUUGCGGACCAUGGCACGGAGUGCGGGCUUAAUGGCCACACCCUGUUGUCCGACACGUUGUCGCACGAUACGGUUGACGUGCUCGUUGAAAUCGAACUCCAACUCAUGCGCGCAGUCAGGUCUGUCACGCCGGUGGCGGUGGGCCGCCUCGCGGUGGCUGCAGCGCCUGCAGUCUCGCCCCCCCGCGAUGCGAUCGGCACAGGGCCCCCGGGGGCGCAGGCCGAGGCAUUGACCAAGAUCCGCGACAGCCUAGUGGAGGCUUUCGUGGAAGGGGACCCCUUGCACCGCAUUCCAGGACUUCUCAAGCGUCUCAAGGGGCUGCCGCUGAUGCCGGAGGAGUUGCUGCAAAAAGGGUUGGGCGUGCUCCUGAACGACUCGGAUUUCAAGAGGCGCCUGGACGUGUCCUCCCUCACUAUCGUGAAUGUCUUGCUGGAGGGGUGGCGGUCACAGGCUCGCUCGUGCCGCUCUGGGUCUCUCCGAGGUCGCGUCCACCAGCCGUUCGCGGGCCUCGCCGGGUCACGCUUCCAGCAGGCAGUUCUGGAUCUGGAGUCCUGGUUUGUGCAACUUGACGGUCUCGGGGCCGCGGAGGUCCCGGUGGCGGACAGACAGAAGUAUAGGAAGACGGCAAUUCUUCUGUCUCUGUUGCGCGUGGUUUCGCGGCAGCACUUGGACGGCGUCGACCCCGAGGACAUUGCCCGUUCCGGCAGGGACCCCUUCGAGCGCGGCCUGCUUCGACGCGCCGCCAUGGAGGCAAGCGCGAAGGGGAGGCAGAAACGAGCUCGGAUCGAGAGGGCCACGCCAGUGCCCACGUCUUGUCUGCCUGAUUCGACAGUGUCGUCGCGCUCUUCCGUUUGUCCGCCGUUCUCGGCAACGUGCGCUUCGGCCGACGCGGUGGUUUCCCGCCUCUCCGAGCAGCACGUGAACGCGGUGGAGAAGGAGGUGCAGGCCUUCGGUGGACAGAUAGGCUUAGCGGCACUCGGUUCGUCCCAGCCGAGGGCCAUCAUCACGCAGUUGGGGGCUGCUUCUGUGCGGUCGCAGGGCGUGACUACUGAUGUGUUGAGGGCUAGAGGACAGAUCAUGCGCGCGGAGACGAAUCGGCGGAGCCUCACCUCAGGGGCAUCUGCGCUCCGAGCGUGGCACGUUUUUGCUGUCAGUGUGCUCAAGUAUGAUAGCGAGGACACCCUUCCACCGAAGUGCGAGGACCAUGUAUUGCUGUUUCUGGCCAUCUUCCAGAAUGCAGGAACGGCUCGCAACUAUUUGCACUUCCUGCAUUGGGCGUGCGUGGAGCAAGGCGUGGACGUGUCCUGGCACGGCCCGCGCGCAGUGCAGCAGGUGAAGGGUUUGGCUAAGAUGCAGAUCAGAUUGAAUGGGGAACAACGGCCGAAGCCGAAGUUGCGCCGCAGUUUGGUUGAGCAGUUGUGCGCGCUCUCUGCGUCGCUAGGGGAUGAGAGUUUUGCCGUGUCAAUGCUUCUGGCAUGGGAGUUUCUCCUGCGCGUGCAGAGUGAAUGCGUGUGCUUGCAGGUAGGGUCAGCAGGCUCUGUUCUGACUUUGCCGGCUGGGCGGCACAGUUCAGUCUUGUUUGACGAAGCCAACGUCCUGCACAUGCGGCUGCGCCGGUGGGCGGCCUGGCUGGGCGUUUCCACCUACCCACGUCUGCCGAAGGCGGCCUACCCAAGGUAG